AUGGACGUUGGAAAGGUGACUGGACCACAGCUCUGUGUAUGCGACAGCAGGUUUGGCAGCAAGGAUGAUGACAUGGAAACUCAGGAGGACAGAUCCCUGGGCUACACCGAGUCAUUUCUGUGCUUGCAAGACAUCCUUCACGAGAACAAAAUCAACAGUAUUGAUGAUAGCGACACUCGCCAGGCUGGAAGUGCUAAAGAAGAUGAUGGAACCAGCCACAGUGACAGCGAUAUUGAUGAUAACGUGAAAGUUAUCAUUGGCAACAUAAAAACAAACCCCUCCAUGUAUAUGGAGAUGCUCACUGAUCUGAACUCAGAAGGUGAAAAAGAUGUGGAAAGAAUUGUACCAGAUAAUGCCAUGAAUCCAACUGAUUAA